AUGAAUCGCAAUCCGCUCUUCACAUUGCGUCAGACAACAUUGCUCAUACAAAUCUCAUCCCCUUCUUCAGCGACCAACCCCAACGAAGGCAUCAUUACAGCACGAGGAUUAGUGGACGGGUACCAUGUCAACGCACUUCCCGAUACUGGCGCUGGCUGUAACUUGGUGUCUUCCUCGCUCGCCAAGCGACUCGGUUUCGAACCGCCGUGCGACUCGCCAGAGCAAAAUACCGGCCUCUGCAUGGCCAACGGCAAGACCAUCAUGAGUGCGGGAGCUAUCAAUGCCUCGUGGGCAUUUGUGGAAGGCCCAGAGCGUACCUGGCAUCUCACAUUUCAGGUCAUCGAUGGUUUUGCUCUAGACCUCGUCCUAGGAAGCGAAUUCCUCAAAUCGUCAGGCACAAUGAACCAACACCGGGCUCGUCUUAGCAUAAUUCCUCGACCUCAGUGGGCUACAUCGGUUCUCUUCACAAGCAGUAUUGGAUCUAUAAAAGAGCGGCUGCGAGGGACAAUCAAUGGUAUCGAGGUUCAGGCACUUGCGGACUCAGGAUCAGAGUCAAGUCUCGUUUCGCUCAACUUUGCGCGCUGUCGUAGAGAUUGGCAUGCAGAUAUUGAUUGGAGUGACCAGCGUCUUUUGCGUUUCCCUGACGGCAAGUUUGAACAGACUAUGGGCUCCAUAUCAGCAACCUGGGCGUACGAGAGCCACUCUUUGGGCUCGGCAUCAGCAACUUGGGCGAACGAGAGCAGUAUCCUAUUUCACAUUCUUGAGAGUUGUGUUCAUGAUGUCAUCUUAGGUCAAGCUGCGCUCGAAGCGAUUGAAGCUUUCACUGAGCAUGCUUCUUCGUUUAUCGAGGUCGAUGAAAUCCCAGCGCCGAUGGAGUUCAACUUGGUCAUAUGGGUACCUGCCAAGCGACCGAAGUUCGACCAAGCCACGGAUACAGGCGCCACGCCUUCGCAGAACCAGCAGACCUCAAACGAGCAUCAAGAGCUUCCGCUCGAAAGCCAGACUUCGGAAAAUCACACGGGACUGGGUACUUCUCUGUUCAGCCCUAGCUCCAUGUGGGCUGAGUUGAAGAAGAAGGGGAAAGCAAACAAAGAAUUGAACAUAGAACGUUGGCUACGACCUGCUGCUGGGUGGCCCAAAAGAGACGCUACAAUUGCAAAGGAAGAACACAGAAAAAACACUGAAAAACAAACAGGCGACCCGCCUCAGGGUCAUAGAGGUUCUGAGUUAUCAAAUUUCAUGGCAAGAGAAAUGGAGUUCGAGGCCAGAACCAACCAAGAUUCGCGUAAAUCAAGAAUCCCUGAGCUGCAAUGGGGGGGACCUCUCCAUCUUUUUUUUGUCGGAACGCGUAUCGCAACGAUUAUCUGCCCUCCUCCCGCUGCCUCCGACAUAAGCGGUAGCCAGUUCUUCUUUUUUAUCGCCACAGAUCGCCAUACCUCGGGAAUGGAAGCGUCACCGCUGACCCGUCAGGCCCCGCCCGAGGUCUUCAAGCCCAAGAUCGUACAGCUGUGUGUUCUCUCCUCGAUCCUUAUACCCACGAACCCCGAGCUUCCCCCAUUGCGCCUGGCCGAGCAUUCCCCCUUGACGAUCUUCAACUUGCGGACCGCAUGGCCGUAUCUUCCUAGACAUUACUGCUACGCAAAGAAGCAGGAUCCUGACGCCGAAGAUGACGCAGAACGUUCCGAGGGCUUCUGGCGCGAGUUCUUCCUCCUGCGGCCCGACCGCCCCGCCCUGAAGCGAAUUCUCGAUGGCCUCGGGCCGGCAGACAUGCUUGCGUUGGAGGAGCAUACAGGGGAGCUUUUCGCGCGCGCUGUCACUGCUAUGAAGAGUGGACAGGGUGUCGCAGAUCUGCAUGCGCUUGACACUCUAAGCGUGUUCCUCUGCUCGGCUCUUUCGAAAAAGUAUGCGCACCCUAGCUCGGAUAUUAUUAUCGUCUUGGCUGGGAUCGAUUAUGUCGAUACGAUCUUUACGGACUUUGUGGGCGCUGUGGACCAGAUCAUUAGGAGUGGGAAGAGCUUGGAAUUGCGACAAAAGGCUGUCGAGGUUGUCCUGGCUGUGACGGCGGGCGCAUACCAGACAAGUCUCUUGACAUACUUCAUCCAGAGGGACCUCUUCCCCUCAGUAAUGAAGUUUAUACAAGACACCGACACAACGGAGCGCAUCCUCAGCCCCUUUUCCCUCCUCGGCCUCUUGGCGAACUACAACAAAUUUGAGUUCCAGAACCCCUACCAGAUGCGACUAAACGACUUUGUCAACGAGGCGACAAUCAAGAAGAUCAUUCGGUGUAUCGGCCAGACGUGCGAGAGCUUGACUACACAAUUCGUGGAUGUGCAGGACGACUUGCCCGAGGGGUGGACGUUCAACGGCACGCUGCGUAUGAUUGGCCUCGGCGCGGUUGCGAGGGGCCCCAAGCCGGAAAAGAAGCCCGUCUACGAUGCCGAGACCAUGAAGCAGAUGUUUACGAAGCUACCUGGCGAGGAAGCAGCCGUGUUGCUAGCAACCUAUGACUUUACACACGCCAACAAGCUGUUCUGCUUCAACCUCGCCACCCUGCCUGCCGAAAAGGGCGAAGAACAGCCAUUGGCGGCCUUCACAUCACUCACCUCCUACCUACUCCAGCACGCCCAUCUCUCCGAACGCACGACGCACUACUCGCAUCUCAACCUCAUGGUCUUCCGCCUACUAAUUGAGGAUCCCGUACUAUGCAAGCGGAUAUGCAGCGAAGAGUCCAAGGGACAAGUCCGUCUGUGUCGCCAGAGGCAACCGUUCCUCCCGCUGGUCAGAGGAGACCGGAUUCUGGCGACGGCCGUGCUGGAUACCAUGGUGGACGGCAUUACACACAACCUGCGGAGGAGGCUGGACGUCGGACUCUACACACUCUGCGUCGGAAUCCUGUUGCGGGUGAUUUCCUAUCUCUCGAGGUCACGGACACGACUGACAUAUCACUGGGCGGAUCUCUUCCGCGCGUUGCUGAACCUCAUUCGGUUCCUUACACAAUACGUCGCGGACCUGAAGGACCUUUCGCAAAUCGACCUCCUGCUAGACAACGUCGUCAACCUCGUGGCGCUCUCGCUGUCGGCUGGCGAAGGAUUCCUGCCGUCGCCAGCGGCAUACGACGAUCUAUUCUACAAGGUCGUCGAGGCUGGCGACACGCUGACCAAGUUCAAGGAGAGCUAUCAACUCGGCAAGCGGCCGAGCAACUCGAUAGACACGCUCAUUAGCGUGAGCACGCACUACAAGGAGCUGCUGGCUGAGGGCGGCAAGAAGAAGGGGAACCUGACAAGCAUGCAGGUGACGGAGGUGAUCAAGCAAGGGUACGAGACGCUGAGUAUACAGGCGAAAGAGGGGCUUGAUACGUGGGAUCGGUACCGGGAGGCAGAUGAGAGGACGUUGUUGAAGAAGAUGGCGAGGGCGGCUGUUGCUGAUGUGAGAGGGUUGGUGGAGCGGUGA